CAAUGAUAGGACCAUAGCUCCUCCCCUCUUGGCGUAUGUGGAACCUGUUUGUCAAUUGUUAGUCUGAUUUCCAAAGAAAAUGAAGGUAUUUCUACAAUGUAAAACGAAAUGCCUUAGAGCAAGCAACAUAUUUUCUGUAAAUAUGCAUAUUUAAAGCUGAAAGCACAAAUGGCUUCAAGGUGCAGCAGAGGAGUGAAUGUAAAGCGAUUGCUGAGAACACAGUAACCAAGCCCAGCAGAUCUGAAAGAUAAAAGCUCAUCUCUCUCAUUCAUUUAUAGUGCUUCCACCAUAGAAUUGCUCUGAUUUUCUUGUCUCUUUGCAACAGUAAAAGUCUGUUGAAAUAAUGAGCUGGAGUUUGCACCAACGUGUGACCACUUCCACAGGUUCUGGGAAAGGAUUCAGUGGCCUUUCCUUAGGAGGUGGUAGCAGAAUGGGGAUAAACUCGGCUUCUGCCAGCAGUCGACUUUCCAAUAGCUCUGCCAGAUUUGGAAGUAGGAGUCUCAUCUUGAGUGGCAGCAGAAAGGUAUCCUCUGUAGCAAGCAGUGGCAGGUUUGGAGCUGGAUAUGGUGCCAUAUCUGCUGCUGGGGCUGGAGGAUUUGGUGGCCCUGGGUCCUUCUCAGGUAUCCAACAAGUAAAUAUCAAUCAAAGCCUUCUGGCUCCACUCAAUUUGGAAAUUGACCCAAGCAUUUCAGUCGUUAGGAAAGAAGAGAGAGAGAAGAUAAAGCUUCUGAAUAAUAAAUUUGCAUCUUUCAUUGAUAAGGUCCGAUUCCUUGAACAGCAGAAUAAAGUUCUUGAGACUAAAUGGAGCCUCUUACAGAAACAGCAAGUUUCAAAAUCUAGGAGCUCUGAGAUUGAAUCCAUCUUUAAUACUCUUAUUACCAGUCUGAGAAGCCAACUGGACAGUUUGGUGAAAGACAAGGGCCUCCUUGGUGGAGAACUGCAGGUUAUGAAGGAUCAUGCUGAGAACUUUAAGAACAAGUUUGAGUUAGAAUUCAAAAAGAGAACUGCAGACGAGAACGAUUUUGUGUCACUUAAAAAGGAUGUAGAUGCCACUUACCUGAUUCAAGUGCAGUUGGAGACCAAACAGAAAGCAUUAGAUGAUGAACUCGCAUUCCUGAGAAAUCUCUAUAAAGAGGAACUUGAUGGGAUCAAACAGCAAACAGCUGGUACCUCAGUAGUCCUCUCUAUGGACAACAGUCGUAUGUUGGACCUAGGAGACAUUAUUGCUGAUGUUAAGGCGCAGUAUGAGGACACUACCAGGAGGAGCAAAGAGGAAGCAGAAGCUGCAUAUCAGAGCAAGUACCAGCAGUUGCAGCUCGCUGCAGGCCAACAAGGAGAAGAUCUGAAAAGCAGCAAGAAAGAGAUAUCAGAAGUUAACAGAUCCGUUCAGAAACUAAGGAAUGAAAUAGAGAGUGUGAAGAAGCAGAUUGCCAGUUUGCAGGUUUCUAUUCAAGACUCUGAAAGACGGGGUGACAUUGCUUUGAGAGAUGCCCAGGAAAAGCUGGUUAACCUUGAAAGGGCUCUGCAGAAGGCCAAGCAGGAAAUGGCCCAGCAGCUCAGGGAAUAUCAAACACUAUUGAAUGUGAAACUGGCCCUCGAUGUUGAAAUUGCCACUUAUCGAAAACUUCUGGAAGGAGAGGAAAGCAGGAUAACUGGCCAAGUCUCCGAUGCAGUUACUGUCUCUUUUGUAAGUGGCGCCAAGUCUUCAUUUGAUGCAACCAAAAGAUCUGCAGGUAUUGACACUGGCGUGAAAAGAAGAGGAAGUUCCGGAGUGAAAAUAAUCUCUAAGACAGAAAGCAGCAGCCUUGUUUCACUCUAUCAGUAAUUGGAAAAUGUAUACUUAGCUUGGUGCCAAAAGUAAUGAAUGUAACUUGUAGUCUGACAGUGGCCAGAGCAGCCUUCAGAAAUCAUGGUUUCCCAGUACGGCAUCAUGGCUACAUCGCCAACCACUUCACAUUACGGCCAAACAUUUCAAAUUCCACCCAUAUUUUGCAUUUGUACCUGGGGCCCUGAUGUGCUCUGCACCUCAAUAUGAAUUAAAAAUCCAACACAAGAAAGUGUUGAACUAGCAAGUGCAGCACUAGUAGUAGCAUGUAGCCAUGUCUCUACUGCCUGCCAUGGGGUUCCUCAGCAUCCUGCACCCACUAGCACCCCUACUGUGCAUGUCUAGGGCCAAAUGAUCGAAUUAGCCUAAUAUCACCCAACUUUAGGUGGGCAUAUCGGGAGAAGAUCUGCUGGUGACCUCGCCAAACAAGAGAACCUUCCUAUGUAUGGCCACCUUAAGUUUUUGCCAGUGGGCCAAGUUCUUGAACUUUGCAGCCAGCCCUGCCCUUCAUAACUGAGGUCCCUUCUUUUUAAGCAUCACUGUAACUUCUCCAUCUUUUCUGAGUGCUCUGCAACUGCUCUGGUCGAGCCAGAAUGCUUUAUGCGACUUAAUAAAGCACCAAAGUAUUUUUUCAACAUAUUUAAAAGUAUUUUAAUGGGGGUUUAUAAUUUUUAUAUGGAUCUGUGGCAUGUCUUUCAUUAGCCUAACUUUUCCUAUAAGGUAUUUACUAACUAUUGCUGAAUCAGAAGAUAUUCCUGUAUUAUAAAUAAAAUGUAUUUUAUUCUUUAUAGAGAAUCUGUGUACCCUAUAGAAUAAAUGUUUUGACUCUA